AUGAGGCAUUCUCUCAGAUCUCCAGUUUACUACGUUGACCGAGACGAAAAUGCCGUCCAGUCAUCAAAUCAAGCCAAUGCAGCUGGUGACUCCUCAUCUAUGAGAAAUGUAGGAAAUUCCAGUUCUGGGACUCCUUUGAAACCCCGAAUGUCGCCUGUUAAAGGUCCACGCCCAAUUAACGCAGCAACAGCAGCGGCAGCAGCAGCAGCAGCUUCUGGAACCCAGACUUUCAAACAACAGCAGCAGCAGCAAAACCCCAUUUCGUCAGUUGUUUCUUUAGGUUCUUCAACUUCAGUUCCAACUUCAGCUUCUAAACGUUCUAUGCAAAGCUCAGCCAUGGUAAGCGCAGGUGUGGCACCAUCAUCAACACCACAAAUACAACAAACUCAGCCAACUACAGCUGCUAGUGUGCCUCCGUCUUCAUCUUCAAGACAACAGAAACCGCCUUUUCUCACGCCUCAAUCACUUCUACCACCUCCUAUUUCUUCUAACACGCAAACAACAACUGAUUCUUCUUCUUCUUUUUCUUCUCCUUCUCCUUCUCCUUCCAAUCCAAACUAUUUGCCUGUGAAUAUGUCGAUUUCCAGCAACUUGGGCUCAAAUAAUGUCUCCAGUGCUUCGCUCGCUACAAGCACCGUAGGCUCUUUAAACACCGCACGCUCACACGAUUCUUCCUCGGCUCAACAGUCACCAAUGGUACAAACGCCUGAACUGAAUCCUCCGGCUCAACAGCAGUCACCGGCACCCCAAUCGCCGGUACACCAAUAUCCGGUACACCAAUCGCCAGUACACCAGUCGCCAGUGUUGCAGCCAACAACUCAACCAUCAUCAAUACAGCAGUUCCCACCGACUCUACAACCACCACAACAACAACCAUUUCAGCAACGCUCACCGACCCUUCAAUCCCCGGCUCAAUUUUCACCAAGCUUACAAUCGCCUACACAGUUGUCGCCUGUUCAGCUGUCAUCAACAGGACCUGGCUCACCUGUUCAUCCUGGCUCCCCACUUCUUUCACAAGGCUCUACUGUUGGAGCUGAUGGUCCGGAUACUCUACAUCAGACUCAGCCACAACAGCAGACCCCGCAUCAGAAUCAUAUCAAACGGAAACAAGUCAAGCGGAAGCCUAUUAGUAACACUGUAUUGCCACCACCCACUCUAUCACCUGUUGAUAAUAAUAAUAAUCUAACUGUUAAUACCAGUACUAACCAUGAUGCUAAUGAAAGUGGAGGUAGUAUUCAUAGUAAUAGCAGUGGAGGUGGAUUGCAGUUGCCCUCGGAUAGAUCUCGUUCUCGUACACCGUCACCUUCUAGGGACUCACAGACCUCAUCUGGACGUCAGUGGGAACCAUUUAAGAUGGGAAGUUAUGAUGAGCCUCAGAAAGAGGCUAUGCAUGAAACUCAACAGCAGUCAACUCGCCAGAAUUUGGAGCCCAUGCAAACAAGUCUUCCGCAAGAUAUUGGUGGCGACCCGUAUGCUUCACAGGGCGGUUAUGGUGCCGAACCUAAUCAUGGUUUACAUGUGACACCUCCACAGACAUUUUCUUCGUCAUCAGUGGAAUCGUCACAACAGCAACAGCAACAGCAGCAGCAGCAGCAGAAGGCUUCUAAAAGAGCUUCUGUUCUUUACUUGGAUACUAAAAGCUCGAUCCCAAACUUUUCAACGCCACGAGCAUACCGACAUUCUAUUCAGAUACCUGCACAAGGAGGAGGAAAUGGGGGGUUUUACGAUUCGUUGAAUGCAAAGUAUUCAGAACAACCUCAGCAGCAAAAUCAUCAGAAUCCGCAGCAAUUCAACCAACAACAACAGCAACAACCACAUCAACCACAUCAACCACAUCAAUCACAUCAAUCACAUCAACAGCAGCAGCAGCCUAACCAGCACUUUAAUCAACAAAAUCAGCAGAAUAAGUACAAUCAACAACAGCAGUUUAACCAGCAGAAUCAGAAGAAUCAGAAGAAUCAGCAAUUUAAUCAGCAGUUCAAUCAACAACAGUUUAAUCGAUCUCCUAACCAACAGUUCAAUCAACAACAGCAGCAGCAGCCCCAACAAUACAACCAACCGCAAUCUCCUACAUCGUUCAUACAGAACUCGUAUGGACAAGUAACUUCGCCUCAGCUCAGCUAUGGCAGCGAGCAUACGCACCGUAACUCAGUUGCUACAGGAAUGCCAGAUUCACAGGAAGCUGGAUUUGGUCCGAGUUCUUCGCGCAAGUGGAAGUACCACAUUCAAAAGAAUUUCAAGGACCUGUACCUGACUACAAAUCCAGACACCAAGUACUACUUGGCUCCACGCGCGCCCAGUUACUAUGUGGAAAUCACAGAAGACGUGACAUUCAACAAUGCAACUGGCCAGUUUGCGUUUACUCUGAUGCUGGUCAACGCGGUCAAAGGUAUGUGCGAAGUGAUGGUGACUCGUCGGUUUCGAGAAAACACGGACGACGAUUUUUUCGAGAUUGUGGUGUACCGAGACGCAAACGAGCCAAGUGACCGGCACGACGAGUUUGAUUUUUCAGGAAUGCCUCAAGCGCACCAUGAAAUUUCGGGAGGAAGCAGCGGCGACGGCGAAACUAAUUUGCAAAACCUCAAGUCAGUGGACCUCGGGAAUAACAACGGUGGUGGGCCCGUGUGCGUGGAGUCGUGGCGUUGUAAUGCCAUGCCAGUUGUUGGGGCUGACGCAGGAUCUCUACUGGAAAGCCGUAGUAGGAGCAAUAGUGUGGUGAUGGGCGAAAACGGCGGCGGGUUUGGCGGUAGUCGCACGGCUAUUCGACAAUAUACGCUUUUGGAUCAACGAGGGCGGCGGUGGGUUGUGGGGAACCGAGCAGAUCAUAUGGACAUUAAUUCAUUGGGUGUUGAAGAAGAAGCUGAAGAACAAGAAGCCGAGCUGAUUCCUAUUGACGGAAGUGGUAGUGGUAGCAAUGGAGGGUUUUCAGGGUUUGGUAGCGGAGGUGGUCAAACAAUGGCAUUUUUUAGAAGAUCUACAAGAGUUUACUUUUUCGCACCUGGAUCUGGAGGUCCAGAGACAGAUAAGAUUAUGGCAGUAUUGCAACGACGCAAGCAAGUCCAUAAGCAAUUGGCUAAGGAUUUGGGCAAACUUGCAAUUAAAACUGGGCAUACGAUUUCGGAGAAGAUUGAGGGUGUUCUUGAUGGUGCUAAUAAUAAUAAUAAUAAUAAUGGAGGGACUGGUGGUGGUGGUGAGUCUACUUCGCAUAAGGCCUUUCUCAGAAACAAGUUGAGUGGAUUGUCGAGUAGAUUAAGUGGCCAUGGUCAAAGCAAUAGUGUGAGUACAACCGGCAAUUAUUCCAAUCAAACUUAUGCUGGUUCACAGAAUGUUGUUUCUUCUUCGUCACAGCCACGACCCACACCUGGUAUUAUGUUUAAUGAUGCUGCACCCAAUCCUUUAAAUGUUGCCGAUGACGAGUCUCAAGACAAGUUUGGUUGGUUGACUGUGUUUGAAAGUGCUAAACACCGGGCUGGGAUGUGGUCGGUAGUUGUUGCCUCGACGCUGGCUGUAGCUUAUGCUCAACGGACAGAUCGCAAGGAGCGGUCAUUGCAGCAGAGAAUGCGCAACAUUGGGCGCAAGUAUCGAGAUGCGCGGUUGCAGGUUCACUAUGGCCAAGGGCACCGGUACACCCGAUCUUCUGUAUGA